CCAAGAAACUAUUUAUUUCAUUUUUUAUUUUGGUACGCUGGGAGGUUGCGGCACCGGGAUUCAAUCCUUCGGAAUAUUUCAAAGAUCUAAGAGACAGACUUCCGUCCCAUGGGCCCAUCGUCACUCCUUCCUUCCUUUUUCCAUUCUCAGUCCAAAUCCUUCAAAACCUCUUCAUAACUCUAAACCCUUUCUUUACCUUCUCUGCAAUUUUUUUUUUUUAUUUUUUGUUCCUUUGAUUAGAUCUUUUGCCCAAAAUUUUCACAUUAUUCUCCUAGAGGCCAGAUCUCUCUCUCUUAUUCUUUUUAUAUUCCGUCAACUUUUGGGUACUUUCCAAAAAUGGGAAAAGUUUCAGCCAUUUUGUACAUCACAGUGGCUCUUCUAAUCCUCUUCCUCAUCUCUUAUGCCCCUAGGAAACACUCCUCCCACAACCGCCACCGUCGCCUCAAGCUCCGCUCUUCCUUCAGCUUCAGCAACCCCACCAUCCACGAGCCUGUUCCUUUUGACCCACUAGUGGCCGACUUCGAGCGCCGCCGUGAAGACCGCCAAUGGGAGAAGCAGUACUUCAAGCAUUCCCAUCCUGAGUUUACGCAUGACCCCGCACCGGCUGAAGAGUCGCAGCCCGAGUGGGAGGAUUUCAUGAACGCUGAGGAUUAUUUGAAUGAUGAGGACAAGUUCAAUGUUACCAAUAGGUUUAAUGUAAUGAACAGGUUGGUAUUGCUAUUUCCAAAGAUUGAUGUGGACCCAGCAGAUGGGUUUGUGACUGAGAAUGAGUUGACUGAGUGGACCCUGCAGCAGGCUGCAAGGGAAGUCUUGCACAGGACUCAGAGGGAGAUGGAGAUUCAUGAUAAAAAUCAUGAUGGAUUAAUUUCAUAUGCAGAGUAUGAGCCUCCCAGUUGGGUGAACAGUGACAACACUUCUUUUGCCUAUGAUAUGGGCUGGUGGAAAGAGGAACAUUUUAAUGCAUCAGAUGCCGACGGGGAUGGUUUAUUGAAUUUAACUGAGUUCAAUGACUUUCUGCACCCAGCUGACAGCAAAAACCCAAAGUUGCUUCAAUGGUUGUGCAAGGAGGAAGUAAGGGAAAGAGAUACAGACAAAGAUGGGAAGGUUAAUUUUAAUGAAUUUUUUCAUGGGCUAUUUGACUUGGUAAGAAACUAUGAUGAAGAAAGCCAUAACUCUUCCCAUCCAUCUGAUGACUCAAUGGAGACCCUGGCUAAACGGUUGUUUAGCCAGCUUGAUAAAGAUGGUGACAGAUUCUUGUCAGAUGAAGAGCUACUACCAAUAAUUGGGAAACUUCAUCCAUCAGAGCGGUACUAUGCAAAACAGCAAGCAGAUUAUACCAUAUCACAGGCAGAUUCAGAUAAAGAUGGUCGCUUAAGCUUAGUUGAGAUGAUUGACAACCCAUAUGUAUUUUAUAGUGCCAUCUUCAAUGAUGAUGAAGAUGAAGAUGACUAUGAAUACCACGAUGAGUUUCGCUAAAUGCUAAUUUCAUGAUAGAACACAGGGCAGCAAUAGAAUUCAAACUCUUUUCUAGCAAGACUUGUAUGCAUUAUAUAAUUAGUAAUUAAGAAAAACUUUCUACAAUUUCAACAAAGGUUCUGCUAUCGGUGUUGCUAUCCAUGAUUAUGGGUCUUUGCUUGUUUUGGAGGCCUUUUUCACAAUUAGCUGGUCCUUGAAUUUCAUCUUUCUGAUAUACAUACAUUUAUCAGAGUGUAUACUUGAUGAUACUUGAUGUUUCAUAAUUUGAAGUUUUCAAGGCUGUCAAAAAUUUGAUGAUCCAGUUGACAUGUGUACUAUGAACAUUAAUCCUGAUUUAUUGGUCAUGAGGGGCAGGUAUUAGAAUUAAUUAGUUGGCCUCUAAUAAACUUUGCAGGGGAGUUUGUAUUUUAAGUAUUUAAGAGCUUCGGAUUUGUCUAAGUCUGACAGAAUAUGCUUACAAAAUUGAAAAAUAGAUGCAUCAUUGGCAGAUAUUAACAUAUGAAUAACUUUGUCCCAGACAAGAUUCAUAAUUGGUCAAGGUUUUUUUUUUUUUUUUUUUAAUUUUAUUUUCUAUGCAGUUUCUUGCAUCUUUAUUUGGAGCUAUAAUCUUUUUUGAAAUUAUUUCAGAUUCAGGUCCAUUAUACUCAACCCACCGAGAUUUGUAUACCUGGUCUUAAGAAGUGUUAGAUUUUUAAUAAUAAUGUGGGCAUUCAUCUUCACAAUUUGUAUUUUGUAACUAAGAUCCAGAGUCGGUCCCUCAGUUUUGAAGUUAAAGAAUUGUUGUAAGCUAAAAGUGACAGCAAAAUGUGAAAUUUGAUUAAAAGGUAAUACCAAUUCAAGUGCAAUUGUUUGAUAUAAAACAAGUAAAAUCAUGCAUUAUUUAUAUCAAUGGCUGUUUGAUUGAGACCUAGACUGUAUCCUCAAAAGUAGAUUAAAAUGGCUUGUUUAUUUUGUGGUUAAGGUGGUUAUAUAUAUAGAGAGGGGAGAGAGGAGAGAUCAACUUACGGAAAAAAAUUUUAUAUAUUUUUACAUCUUUUUCUAAUUAUUGCUUUCUUUAAGUGAUGACAGAGACAAGUCAAAAAAAAUUAUUUAAUCUUAUUUAUUAAGUG